GUGCCCAGGGGAGUGAUUCUCAAGUUACACGAAUUAGGCAGACCCUGUCCAACUGUGGGUCUGACAUCUACACAUUUUACCACUCACAGUGCGAGAACUAUGAGGCCUACCUGAGUAAUAACUACUCCAUAUGCUUGAGCAGUUUGUGUUUCAGGAACCUUGGCCUCAUUGAGAACAGGCUGAGCAUCGAUCUGCUGUCUGAAAGGUUUAGAGGGAUGGGCAUGAACUAUUGUAAUGAAGUCCUGUUGCAGUAUCCCAAUUCAAUCGGACAUCGGUGCUUGCGGGAGGCAGUGGCCCACUUCCUGUGCUACUACAGCAGAGCUCCUUUUUCCCUGAAGUCAAAACAUGUGGUUGUUCUCAAUGGCUGCUCCGCUGUCUUCUCUGCGCUGGCCAUGGUUCUCUGUGACCCAGGGGAUUCCUUCCUGGUCCCCACUCCCUUCUAUGAGGGCUUCAUCUUUGCCUCCAAGAUGUACGCGAAUAUCGAGCUGAUUCCAGUCCACGUGGAGAGUGAGACCACUGAUAUGGACAUCCAGCCUUUCCAGCUCACCCUGGCCAAAGUAGAGCAAGCCCUGCUGGAAGCGAAGAGUGAGAAUAAAAGGGUCAAAGGCCUCUUGCUAAACAACCCUCAGAAGCUUGUGGGCCACGUCUACUCAAAGGAAUUACUGAAAGAAUACCUGGAGUUUGCCAAAAGUAAUAAAAUGCACGUGGUCAUAGAUGAAACGUACAUGCUGCCUAUGUCUGAUGACUCCGUCACGUUCCACAGUGUUCUGAGCUUGGAAAGCUUUCCUGACCCUCAGAGAACCCACGUGAUCUGGAACACACGUAGGGAUUUUGGCUUGCGCUUUGGUGCUCUGUACACCCAAAACGAAGAUGUAGUCUUUGCGCUGACAUCUUUUGGCUACCUCUACGGAAUCUCUGGCACCACCCAGCAUCACCUGAGUCGCUUGCUCCAGGACAGAGGUACUGACUGCACCUUAGGGCAGCAUCGUGGCCAUAGAGAUUUCUUCGAUGUGAAGCUGCACCAGUUGGAGAAUCGGCACAACUUUAAGAUCAUCUCUCAUAAUCGCGGCUCUGGUCUUUACAUCUGGAUCAACUUGAAGAAUUUACUGGAACCAUGUACAUUUAGAGAAGAACUGAUCCUCUACCGCCGCUUCAGGGCCCACAAGCUGAUCUUAUGCAGUGGCAAGUCCUACCUGUUGAAGGAGCCUGGUUGGUUUCGCCUCUCCUUCGCACAAAGGCCCUCGGAUCUAAAAGACGCCAUGCAUCGGUUUGGUCGGGUGAUAGCAGAGCAGAAGUGGUACUGGAUGGAGAAGAUUCAGGAAGAUGUCCCAGGCAGGGAAUAG